AUGCGCUUUGCGCUGCAGCGGGAAGCGGCGGACGCGGGCGCCGACGCCGCGGACGGCGCGGAGGGCGCGGGCGGGCGCGAGGGCGUCAUUCUGCUGCGCGGCAUCUACACGUGCCCCGAGGUGGAGGACGAGUCCAAGAUGUUCGGCGUCGUCAAGGAGAUGAACUUCACGCUCAUGAAGCUGGACGACAGCAACAACAACAUGGAAACGACGAUGAUACAGUUCGACGCCGCUAAUGUUACGAAGCUUAUUGAAGACUACCCGGAGCAAGCAGAUCCCUUCUUCAGUUGCUCUACCUUUCCCAGGUCCUGUCCGUUCGGAGAGGACACCUACUCCGUGAAGAAGUAUGACUUUGACAUAGAACCGUACCGCAAGUAUCUUCCAGAAGCUGCCUACAAAAUCAAGUUGACUGGAACGGUUAACAGUGAAAUGAUCUGGUGCACCGUUGUGGAAUUCGCAGUGGAAAUCGAGGAUUGAAAAUAAAUUCCAUCCAGACCAACAUCCCGAGAAAAGAAUCAUUGAAUAUCGAUCAAAUAAAAAGAUUAAUGAUGAAAGUUUGCUCUAUUGAAAGUUAAAUAAACUUACCUGCAGACAAAUUUGAAUAAGUAAAUUGUAGGAUACAUUGACAUUGACAAAAGGGCCGAAAAACCCUGACGUUUUUGGAUGUUA